UCAACUUCCCCCCAGAUUAUGGUAACUCAAAGGUUCAUCCGUUUCAUGGGUUAAAGGAAACCUAUAAGACAUACACUUAGUCGUAGGUGUUGCACCAAAUCAUUUCGCGUGAUGGUUCAAGCUCAUUGGUUUCUAACUCGAUUAUAUUGGGGCACAGUUUUAUGGACAAAUCGGCAACGUUUGACAUGCAAGGUAGUUUUCGAGUUUGACCCAGGGACUUAUAAAAGCCACCGUCUCCGUCCGCGGCGGCAUCAUUCAACCGUGUGUUUUCGCUUGACCAAGUGUGCAGCUUCUUCUAUUAACCAAAAGCAAAAUGUUCAAGUUUGCUGUUGCUGCGGCAGUGCUACUGGUGGCGGUAGUGUCUGCUCAAUGGUACGGAGAUGAUGCUGCUAGUGGGUCGGCCGGGAGUUUUGGCGGUGGACACCAUGCGUAUCCCAAGUACAAGUACGAAUACGGCGUCAAGGAUCAUCACACCGGAGAUCACAAAAGCCAGUGGGAGGUCCGCGAUGGCGAUGUUGUCAAGGGCGGUUACACUCUGCAUGAAGCUGACGGCACUGAGCGUGUGGUUGAGUACUCAUCCGAUAAACACAAUGGUUUCCAGGCUCAUGUGAAAACCGUGGGUCACGCCCACCACCCACAGGUCUAUGGACACCACGGGGAAUGAUGAAAGCAAGAGACUAUGAAGACUGUGAUAUUAGUUAGUUAGUUGACACAACGAUACAAAUGGGUAGAUUUGUGCAUACAGAGAACAAAUAAAGGUAUAUUCAUCCGCUUUUUAUGAA